UGACCUUGUUUUAGUUUGAGCUACAAUGGAAGGAGCAGAUGCUGCCAAGGAGACUGUGGCAAAGGCGCCUGACAAUGCAUCAACUGAGCCAGACAAGCAAGUCAGCUCCCCUGCCAAGGAGACCGCACCGAUCCCCGAGCCUAAGGCGGGCGAACCACAGACGCACGAGGAGGAUCAAAGGUCGAGCGAAUCACAGACUCACCAGGAGGAUCAAAGUAUGGAUGAUGUAGUGGCUGGACUAGCCAACGUCGCCUCUGGCUGGCUCUCGGGAUGGAUGAAGUCCUUGGAGGUGGCUAAGUACAAAUCGGUGGAGGUAUACGACAUGGUGAAGAAGGACCUGAGCGAGUUCACAGAUGCGGUGCAGGCCGAGACCAGCACCAUGCUCAGCUCUACGUCUCAGUCGCUGCGCGAGACUCUGCAGCUCCAGGACGAGUCGUCGGCCGCCGGGCAGGUCAAGAAGUCGGUGUCUGGCUUUCUGACGCACGUGCAAAAGGCGUUCACGCCCGAUACUAUGCAGGACGACGACACAGAGGCUUACGUUCUGCGGGACGGCCAGCCCGUGCUUCUCGACCGGCUGCAGACGGAGCUGCACCGUCUGGCGGCCGACCCGAACACCUACCUGGCGGAGCCGGCCGAGGCGGAGCGGGCACGCUACGAGGCCUGGAGCGCCGAGCUGGACUUGGAAGCGCGCCAGGCCGAGCUGAGCGAUCUGCUGGCCUCCAGCCGCACCGUGCUGGACCAGUAUACCCGCCUCGUGCCGGCCGAGGUCAGCCACGUGCUCUUCUGGCACCGGUAUCUGUUCCGGGUAAUGACUGAGGAGCGGGACUGA